AAAAAAUAAUCCCAAGUACACAACCUCUCCAACUCAGACUCAGUAACGGAGAUUGAUCAGGGGCUGUCUCACGCAGGUUAAGACUUCAUUUUUUGCAAAUUCUCGUGCUUUCCAAAAUUGGAGGGAAAAACAAGCUAAGGUAAAGAAACGCAUGGCGGUUCCAGCAGAUCCAGCAAUCGAAGAAGAAGAAGAAGAAGAACACAGUGGUCCCACUCACCACCCUUCCGCUCCGUCACAUGAGUUUUUCGAUUUAUCAACCACGGUUGAUCCUAGUUAUAUAAUCUCCUUGAUAAGGAAGCUUCUACCUUCAGAUUCUGCUUCUGAAGAAGGGGAUGCACCACCGUCUGCAUCUGCUGCUAAUGGUGAACACAUUGAAUCAUCCAUGAAAAAAUCUGAGAACAUGGAUGUUGAUGUUUCCAGUGAGUUUUCGGACCGGCGAAGAGAAUGUCAAGGUAGGGGUGAUGAUGGAUUUGGAGUUAGAAAUUCCGGUGUCUCGGUUGGAGAGGAUCCCUGGGAGGAAUGUGGUUGCGUUUUGUGGGAUCUAGCUGCUAGUAGAACACAUGCCGAACUCAUGGUGGAGAAUCUCAUACUCGAAGUUCUUUUGGCAAAUCUCGGUGUGUGCAAUUCGAUGCGUGUUACUGAAAUUAGCAUAGGAAUUAUUGGGAACCUUGCCUGUCACGAAGUUCCAAUGAAGCAUAUAGUCUCGACAAAAGGACUAAUUGACACAAUUGUGGAUAAAUUGUUUCUGGAUGAUCCUCAGGGCCUGUGUGAAACAUGCCGAUUGUUGACUGUCGGUCUUCAAAGUGGUGAAUCCAUUACAUGGGCUGAGGCGUUGCAGUCUGAACAUAUACUAUGUCAAAUAUUAUGGAUUGCAGAAAAUACUUUGAACCUUCAGCUGUUAGAAAAGAGUGUUGGGCUUAUAUUAGCUAUAUUGGAAGGUCAGGCGAAAGUUGUGGAUGCUCUUCUUCCACCUUUGAUGAAGCUUGGUUUGGCAAGUAUAUUGAUCAAUCUCUUGACUUUUGAGAUAAGCAAAUUAACUAGUGAAAGAAUCCCUGAAAGGUACUCAGUUCUUGAUUUAAUUCUUCGUGCAAUUGAGGCCAUUUCUAUUAUAGACGACCAUUCUCAGGAAAUUUGUUCAAGUGAAGAGCUUUUUCGACUAAUAUGUGAUCUGGUUAAGUUCCCAGAUAAAGUUGAGGUUGGGAAUUGCUGUGUUACAGCUGGAGUUCUUCUUGCAAAUAUUUUGUCUGAUGUUGCUGAUCAUGCUUCUGAGGUCUCACAGGAUUCGUGCCUUUUAGCUGGUCUGCUUGACAUAUUCCCUUUUGCUUCGGAUGAUUUGGAAGCUACAAAUGCAAUCUGGAAUGCAAUUGCUAGAAUAUUGGUUAGAAUUCGAGAAACUGAAAUGAGCCCUCCAAGUGUAUGUAACUAUGUUUCAGUUCUUGUCGGAAGAAUUGAUCUGAUUGAAGAUGAGCUUCUCAACCAACAGGAAAGCUUGUCUUCUCCUGGUUCAACAGCAGAUGCUAUAAAUACAUCUCUCAGGAGGAUAAUCAGCAUUCUGAACCAGUGGACUGCUGCAAAGGAGAAUACUGAGAGUAAUGGGAAUGCUGAAGUUCUUGUCAGUGAGGCAGAUAUAAACAAAUUGUUGAAUUGCUGUCGUAAAUUCUUGAUGUAGAAUUACUUUUAUCUUGUAAAUUACAAUUGUCCAGACAAUCUUUGAAGGUUCUGUACCUGCAGGUGCCGUUGUAUUUGCUUGUUCUGGACCUGUUACAUUUAGCUAUACGUACAUCAAUUUUGACAUUGUCCUAACUUACCUUCUUUCAGAAGCUGUUGCUGGUGGGAGAAUUUUCACCUACCUUUUGGAAUUGUUUGCUGAUUGCUGGGCUUUAUGCAACCUCUAUGCUGAGAGGUAAUAGUAAUCUCUCUGGUUUUGUUCUUCAUGAGUGGUGAUGUUAUCCCCUUGCUUUGACACCUGGUUUAAAUCCAUCCUGAAGCUUCCAGCACCUUUGUACCUUUGUUGAUGUUGAUUAGAGUUGAGAAAUCCGACUAUUGAUAAAUUCUGAAGCUAGUUGUCUGAAUGGUCAUCUUUUGUUUGGUUUAGAGAGUAGGACAGGAAGUGUUUGAAAAAGUGUAGACUUCUAGUGAAAGAUAUAUUCUAUAUAUCCAUGUUUGAGCUUGUAUUAACAUAUGUUUAUAUGUUUAACACUUAACUAGUUAUAUUGUCAAAAUGAUUUUUCUUUUUGUAGAA